GUGAAACGCAACCCCUGGCACUGCAGGAGGACUCUGUCUCCACGUUUCUCUCUCCAUGCUCCUUUCUCCUGCACUCCUAGCCUCCUGAAGAUGCCCAGGAGAGGAGCCCUUCCUGUGAGGACACUCCUGGUGCUGCUGCAGCUGGCAUUUGUCCCAUCCCCACUGGCAGGCUGCCUGCUCGAGCCCUGCUUGGAGGUCACCCCUAACACAACUUUCAGGUGCACUGGACUGAACAGCUCUGGAGUUCCUGACGGAGUCCCAAACACCACCCAGAACUUGGACCUCAGUUUCAGCAAUCUGAAAUCACUGGGGUCAAAUCAUUUUGCAUCAGUCCCUGAGCUGCAGCUUCUGGAUCUUUCAAGGUGCCAGCUCCAUACAAUAGAAGAUAACUCCUUUAUGGACCUCCAUAGACUUUCCACCUUGAUUUUGACAGCCAAUUCCCUCCAGCACCUGGGGAAAGCAGCUUUCCAUGGCUUAACAUCUCUGAAAAAGCUGGUUCUGGUGGAAACCAACAGAAACUCUCUGUCUGAGCUGCCCAUUGGCCACUUGCACACUCUGCAGGAGCUGAAUUUAGGACACAACAGCAUUACUUCAUUGAAGCUUCCCGAGUAUUUUGCCAGCAUGACCUCCCUCAGGCACCUGAGCUUCUUCUCCAACGAGAUCACAUCUAUCUCCAGAGGAGACCUUGAUGCCCUGAGGGAAGGGAACAGGCUCAACCUCACUCUGGUGCUUUCCUUGAACAAGAUAAAAUCCAUAGAACCGGGGGCUUUUGCAGGGAUUCACCUGGGUGAGCUGAAUGUCAGGUCUGCUUUUGAGAGCAUCACGAUGCAAACUUCUCUGCAAGGCCUGGCUGGUUUGCAGGUCACCAGACUCAUAGUUGGGGAUUUCAGCGACAGAAAGAGACUGCAGGACUUUGAGAGGGGGCUCUUGAACGGACUGUGCCAGGUGCAGAUGGAAGAGUUUGUCUUAUUCUACUUCAGGGACUUUGAGGAUGACGCGGACACUCUGUUUAACUGCGUCGGCAACGUCUCCACUAUUCGCUUGGUGGGCCUCGGGCUGGAGGAGAUAUCACAGGUUCCUGCGUGGUCUCAAGUGAAACAGCUGGAAUGCAAGAAGUGCAGUUUUGAGGAAGUGCCCGCCUUGAAGCUGUCGCUUUUCAAGGAGCUGAGGGUGCUUCGUAUUACCAAGAACAAAGGACUCAAAAACUUCAGGCAGAAAUUUGAGGGUCUCAGUCACCUGGAGGUGAUAGAUUUGAGUGAGAAUAGCCUCACCUUCAGCCGCUGCUGUUCCCCUCAGUUUCAAAAUUGUCCAAAUUUGAAACACUUGAACCUAAGCUUCAAUUCUAAUAUCAGAUUGACAGGAGAUUUCACUAACGUGAAGAAUUUGUUAUAUUUGGACCUUCAGCACACAACUUUAUUUGGUCCUGGCUCCUACCCUGUCUUUCUGUCCCUUCAGAGACUGAUUUACCUUGAUAUUUCCCAUACCAAAACCGAAGUUAAAUCCCAGUGUACAUUUUGUGGCUUGAACUCUUUGCAAGUGCUCAAGAUGGCAGGAAACUCCUUUGAGGACAAUAAGCUGGCAAACAACUUCAAAAACCUAAGUCACCUCCGCACCUUGGAUAUCUCAAGCUGCAAAUUAGAACAUGUGGAUCAAAGUACUUUUGAUGCCCUCUCUGAGCUAAAAGAGCUAAACAUCAGCAACAAUAAGCUGCUGACCUUCAGUCCUGGAGUCUACCAGCCGCUCAAAUCCCUCAGAGUCCUGGAUUUCAGCAGAAACCAGCUGACAGUUCUGUUGGACUCAGCCCGGGAAAUCCUGCCUGACAGCCUGGUCCUGUUGGAUAUCUCUCAAAACCUUUUCGACUGCUCCUGUGUGCACCUGGACUUCCUGGAAUGGGUCAAGGGAAAGCAGGAGCUGCUGCAGAGCGAGGAGCUGAUGCUGUGCCACACUCCCUCGUACGUGGCGAACGUGAGCCUGGCAAGCUUUGAUCUGUCCUCCUGCCACGUCAGCGCGGGAAAAAUUUCUUCCUCAGUGGUUGCGUUGCUCUGCGUAGUGGUGCUCCUCUUCCUGAUCUACAAGUACUACUUCCAGCUCUACUACUCCGUGGUGCUGCUCAGCGGGUGCAAACACUACGCGGAAAGAGGUGACACCUACGACGCCUUUGUCAUCCACUCCAGCAAAGACCAGGAAUGGGUGACAAAGGAGCUGGUGGAGCCCUUGGAGGGGGGAAAGCCUCCCUUCCACCUGUGUCUGUACUACAGGGACUUCCUGCCAGGGGUACCCAUCGUCACCAAUAUCAUCCAGGAGGGUUUUCUCAGCAGCAGGAACGUCAUCGCGGUCAUCUCCACUGACUUCCUGGAGAGCAAGUGGUGCAGCUUCGAGUUUGACAUUGCCCAGUCCUGGCAGCUGGUGGAGGGAAAGACCGGGAUCAUCAUGAUCGUGCUGGAAGAUGUGAAUAAAGCCCUGCUGAGGCAGAGGCUGGGGCUGUCUCGGUACCUGAGGAGGAACACCUACCUGGAGUGGAAAGACAAGGAAAUAAGCAAGCACAUCUUCUGGAGGCAGCUGACAGGAGUGCUGCUGGAAGGCAAAAAAUGGAAUCAUGAGGAGGUAAAACUCAUGUGAGGAGAAAGGAGGGUUCUCCCUCCCCUGCCUGCCAUCCUGGCCUGGGCUGCUGGGUGUUGCUCAGGAGAUGGUUCUGCUGCUGUUCAGAGUCAGAGAGGAUGGAGGCACUGCCAAAGCACUAAAGAAAUCUCUGCCUUGCUGGUCACCUUUUCUGAAGGAAAUUUGAGAGUUAAGGAGUGACAAGGGCCAGAAGAGCUGCCUGAGCUCCGUGUUUGCCCAUGGCUGUCACCCAGAGGUGGCCCAGCAAUACCUCAGGUUUGGUGGGUGUAGGAACAGACCAAGGCUCUUACUGUGAUCUGGCUGCUUCUGAAACUGGAUUUGGGUCCUGAGACCAUUUACCCAGAGUCACUUCACAGUCUGUUGCUUUGAGUGGACCCCAGAAUCUCAGAGGCAGAGUAAAGACACAGGAUUUUCAGCUCUAAAAGCUUUGUGAAACAGAAACAAGGCUUGGAUUCCAAAAGCCUUGUGCCUGCCUCCGUGGGCACCAUGGCUCAGGGGACAAACCCUCCAGAGAGCAAUGGAGCAGCUGCUCAGGGAACCUGAGUAGUUUUGACAUCAGGGACGAAGGUUUCUAUGGUUGGGAAAUGUGCCCAACAUGUUUCUUUCGGUUUUCUUUAGACCAAGAUCAAAUAUUGAAACCAUCACCUGAGAAUCUUAUUUAUAUCCAGGUUAUUUAGCAUUUGAGAGGGCAUUUUGGAGUUUCCUUGGGGGGACAAGAAAUGUGCAACGCCUUUAAACUGAAACAUUUCUUUGCUCCCACUGCUUCUCCUCGUCCAGUGUUUGUGGAUAUGCUCUGGGACUGCCCUAAGCAAGCAAAAUUGAGCCUGAACAAAGUGUUCCGACGUUUACAGCCAGCCAGUUCUAGAUUAAGCUUUUUCACUCUCUGGCCCAGCCUUAAUUCACUGCUGGAAGGUGCUGCAAGAGCCCCCAGGGUUUGAAAUGGAGUUGAGAUCUGCCUGUCUGCUCAGCCUCCCCCAGGGGUCAGCUGCCACCUGCAACAGGACUGUGUGGGAGAGUUUUGCUUUGUUUUCACUGGGAACGUGCCUGACAUUGUGCAGGGAGAAGAGACAGAGGGGAAAAGUUUGGGUUAGCUGAAAUAAGUGUACCCCAGCAGUGUCCAAGUCUAAAUGCAAAGGAAUCAUAUCACAGAGCACUCCAUGGACGUGUGGGGUAUUGGAUGGGGCAGGAGUGUUGCUCCCUUUUUAGGAAAGGCUUUGGUUAGCAUUCAUCACUGAAUUACUCUGGUUUUAGUCUUGCAAAUCCUUCUGUAAUCGGUGAUGUUCUGCAGAGGUGAAACAGAAGCAACUGAGUGGUGAAUCAGAGCUGAUAUUAUCCCCUCACUUUUCUAAGCACCAGACAGGGACAUUUCCAUGGAAGCAGGAUCAGGGAUCAACAUCAGACAUUAUUGGAUGGAGAAAGAGAGCCAGUUCCAGGCCUUGUGCUGGCAAAAGUUGAAUCACAGCUCCCUCCCUCUGUGCUGUGUCAGACAACACUACCAAACGCCCCCACAGCCCUCCCUAAGCUGUAUUUUUGUGACCCAGCAUAUGAAGAUUUUAUAAAACUAAGCUUGAUGCCGUGUUCCUUUGCCCAGAGUUUGCUCUGCAUCUGCUAAAUACUAUUCCAGCAGCUCCCAAAAUGAAGUUCUCCUCACCUCUGCUGGGAUUGAUGGGUGCUGCAGAUCCUCCUGCUCACCCUUCCACCCCACCUUCCUCCUCCUCCAGGGACAGAGGCUGCUGGGGAUGGUGGGGGACAGUGAACCAGGGCACAGCUCAGGGUUCCCUGGGCUGAGGCCAAAGGGGAGCAUAAGGACAAAGCAAACAUUACCUUGAAUUUCACCAGCUAAGAGUUAAAUUGGGAAACAAAAGAGGAAAAAUUAAAUAGAGUGGCAACUCCUGCUCCUGAAUUGAUCAGCACAGAAGCUGUGUUUCUCCUUCACUCUUUCUCUCCGUGGCUCCUCUGGAAACAAUUCAGUGGAUGUGUAUUUCUGGCACAAAGCACUAUGUCCUAUGAUUCUUGAUUGUAAUUAUAACAAAGAGCUUCAGAAAGCCUGCGAGUGGUUCUGGGCAUUUAUAAAAGGGAUUUAGGACAGUAUUGUUUAACAAGUCAGUGGUUUUUUGAAUAUCAAAGCAACUUUAGGAGAGCUGGAGUGGUGCUGAGAUGAGGCUCCCACCAGGACAGUUUUAAAAGAAACAUGUCACUUGUUUUUCUCUUCCUAUUCAGAGUCUCCACAGCAGACAUGAGUACGUGAGUUGCCCCUGGCUUCCUUAUUGUCCAAGAAAAAAUAAACAACAAAAAAAACCAUCAUAACUUCAGCUGACCCUCGUGGUCCCUUCUAGCCUGACCCACUCUGUAAUUCUGUGACCUGCCCAGACAGUGCUGAGGUUUAUGAGUCCAAGAUGGACAAGACUGUGUGAACAAUUGUAUUUUCACCAUGUACCCAGCAGAGAGACAGUAGAUGUUUUCUUUGAGACUCAAAACACCUUUUCCUUUCCUUUAUUUACUAUAAAUGGGGAAUAUUGUGGUUCCCACAGAAACACACGUACUCAUUUGCCUUCAUUGUAGGAAGCAAGUGUCCAAAGGAAAACUCAACGUUCUCAUGUUUCCAAAGCUGCUGGCAUGUGCUGUUUGAAGCUGCCCACCCUGCAGCAAGUGGCUUUGAUAGGAUUUACUCA